UAUAGUGGCGACGUCCAGCGAGCAAGGGUUGGUUGCCUACAGUUAAUGAAACGGAAUGAUGGCAGAGCGGCUACUGUCGGGCUGAAGUCAACAAGGUAGUCUCGAAGUCGUGCUACUGGUCGGAUAAAAAGAUAAGAAGGCACAAAGAAGAAUAAGAAGCAAGUACGUGUUCACUGUGGACGAGACGAGUUAUGGGAACCCAUCGAAUUUUCAGCCAUGAAUCGGAUUGCACCUGUGAUACCGAGAGUGAGAACUGCGACUACAAUGUGAAUGUGGGGACUACGCGAUUCCAUCUUGACCAUCCUCCUACUAGCACUGAGCUUCUGCUGCAGCCAGAGUUCCAGUAAACAAGAUGACGAGCGGGUGACCUCGAAAAUGUCGGGGGCCGAAGAACGCGAGGCCCGCUCCGUCGCUUUGGAGAAAGCCUAUGUUCACGAAGUGUACGAACAGAUUGCUGACACGCAGCUUCCGACCGGCGUCUCGACAGACAGACAGCGAGGGCAGCCGUGGCCGAAGGUCAAGCAGUUCCUAUCAGAGCUCGAACCUGGCUCCCUUGUCUGCGACGUUGGGUGCGGAAACGGAAAGUACCUGAACGUCAAUCCGUCAGUGUUCAAGAUCGGAGUGGACCGGUGCAAGACUCUUACAGAAACAGCUCGAGAGAAGGAACACGAGGUGCUGCAAUGCGAUAACCUGUCUCUGCCGUUCAGGGACGAGAGUUUUGACGCCGUUCUCUCAGUGGCCGUGGUCCACCACUUCGCGACGACGGAACGCAGGGUGGGGGCACUGCGGGAGUUGGCAAGAGUCCUUCGGAUCGGCGGUCGUCUCAUCAUCACCGUCUGGGCCAUGAAGCAGCGACACAGAAAGUUCGAGUCCCAGGACGUGCUCGUCCCUUGGCACAGGCCCCAGCAUCUUAGCACUCCUUCGCUGGAGCUCACAUCGACCACGACAACCACAUCCGAAGAUGACGGACCACCUCCGUACCACGCCUACACACAGACUUCGGACAGCGACUCCUGCCGGUCCGCGGGACUCGGCGCUGGCCAGAGGAAAAGAGGCCGAAGCAGACACAAGGGACGAUCUGUCGACCCAGCACGUUCCCAGAGCAGUUCCAGCUUGUCUAGCCCCAAUGAGACGUGCUACAGCUUCGUCAGAAGGGCGCUCCAGAAACUGGCUGGAGGGAAGCGAGGCGGGUCCGGUCACCGGCCGUGGUUUCUCGACUCAUGGAGCUCCUGCACCAAAGAACCCUCACCCCCUCUCCGCUACGAUCCCGAGGGCUUUGAGGACGGAGAAGUUGACGGCGAAGACAUCCAGGACCUUCCCAUUGAGCUGCGACGCCUGGAAGAGGACCAACAUGACCCGCCCCAACGCCGACAGACAUUCGCCUGCGCCCGGAGGGUGACGCCCCACGAGGUCAUCUUUAACCACAAGUCCAAGAGCCUAUCCGAUAUCUUGACUGUGGGGCAGCGGACGAUGGUACGCUCCCGCUCGAGCGUGCCCAGUCUCGGAGUGGGCUCCGAGCACUCCGUCGCCAUCAGCGUUCCCGUUGCCAACGCGAACAAGCCGAGGCUGGUCAAGCAGAAGAUGUCGCUCUGCGAUAAGAAAGUGGAGGAAGAGGGCGACUUCCGGGACUUGGUGAAGGCGUUGCCGGAGUUCAAAGUGUCGGGGUAUGGGAUAACCCGAAGAUACGGCAACGUUUUCAAGCAGAGCUCCAUGAACGAGGAACUCAUGUCCGCGGAGAGGUUACGGGAGAAGGAGCGAGUGCGACAGAACAUACAGAAACAGGCGUCACUCAACGAGGAGCUCAUCUACCGACGAAACCGAACGCUUGACUCACUACGGGACACAUUCUUCUCAACGUCGACGGGAAAGCGCUUCCAGCUGCUGAAAAACGGCCUCACCAGCAAAUUGAAAAGCUCAAAAACAGGCAUUGAGAAAGUAGCGGGUACCUCCUUCAAGAAUGGUUUCGUGAGGAUACUUCAGGGCUGGAAAGGGAGUGAUGUAACCCCAAAUACUCGAUCUUCACCAACACAUACUCCCAGCGAGACAGUACCCCCAUGUACUCCUCCACCGGACAGCAAAAAGCCUUCCAACAACUUCUCUGGAAAUGGGGAUGAGAGUAUCAAGAAGGAAACUGGACGGUCAGGGAGUGAACGUCGUCAUUCGAGAGAAGACGGUUCUGAUUCGUCCAAGGACAGUAGUCUACAAAGCGAUACGAGUGUUGACUCGGAAGACAGUUUUGCUUCAGUUAUAUAUGUGCCAAAACCCGAUCCCACCACGACACAGACAGCGUCACCGCCCAAAUCACCGCAGGCGACUUCUCCGAAGGUCAAACAGCCCACAUCCCCUCAGAUCAAAGUGUCGCCGCCGGUGACGAGCCCAAGAACUCCGCUCAUCGAGGAGACGCCGCUGGAAGAGGAAGCGGAUAACGAAGACCAGGAACAACUUCCACAUGAAGUCGAGUCCCCAGCGCCUGAAUCGAGUAAAAGCGAACGCCUAAGCCAGAUACAAGAACUGCUAAGGUCUCGCGCGUUCCCUGUGACGAGCAGAAUUCCAGGAGUCGGGGCAACCAGGAGCCCUUUUCCGUUGGUACGUCGAUCAUCUGCCAUGGUACUAGGACGACCUGAGCCCUUAGCUCGGCCUCUCCCUCGACUCUUGUCCCUUGAACUCUUCAAUCCGGAAACAGACGACAUGGACAGCGACUCCAGUGGCGUGUCAUCUCCAGAUUCUGUGAGCAGUGUUAUCAGCGUUCUCACGGAAGAGCCGCCACAGACGCAACAAGAAGUAACAGACGUGCCGGUAGAAGAACACUCUCUCCCGACUGAAUCUCUGUGUUCGUCCUCCAGUCUUCCUCCCCCAACCCCUGACAACACAAGCACAACUACCAGUCCGAAAGCUCCCGAAAUCAUCGCGGAGAAAUUACUUCUCGAGGUGCAGGAGGCAGUGGAAGAAGAAACGGGAAGCAGCGAGUGCCUGAUGACGGAAGAGCCUACAAGAGUCUCACCGUCUUCCCAGAGUCUCCUUGAAGCCGCAGCCGAUGUUGCCAGCUCGCUGGAGGACGCCGUAGAUGCGGUCAUCCAGUCUAGCCCUCGCGCUCGGCGCCGAAAACUGGAGCUUCUGGAUAACAACCCAGUGUCAGUGCUGCAGAAUAAUUGCUUUAGCAGAAGUAGUAACAGCAGCACAUGGAGCCUGCACAAUUCAGACAGCAACAGAAAAUUGUACAGCGACUGGAACCCCAACAAACCCGUAAGUCCAAUAUUCGAUCAGAGGAACAAAUUCUCGUGCAGUGUGGGGCACUCUCCCGGUGAGAGCUGGAUAGAGAGACACCACGACGAAGAACGCAAGGAGGAAACGUGGGACGAGAACUGCCGACAGCAUCUGGCGGACUUCGCAGAGAAGCUGAGCGAGAAGUUGCUGGAGGAGAUUGACCAGUACCAGAAGCAGACAAGUCAAAAGCCACCACUGCACAACGAGACUCACAAUGUGUUAGAGCAUCUCGAUGACCCUUAUCUAUCGCGACUGAACGAGGAGCUACAGGAUCUAACCAAACUGAGCAAAGAGCUUCAAGAGAGAAACUCGUACCUCGCCAAUUUGAACAACUCCACCACAAUCUUGGAAGAAAUCCAACCUCCAUCCAUCCUUAUUCGUGAUCCCCUUAAAAUUACUGUGACCCAAAACCCGUUGUUGGAGACGCCAGUUGAGCUGAACUUCAACAGUGUGGCCCUCGACAUGUGCAAGAACAUCGAAAAGGAGCCAAAGAGGGAUGGAGCCCUGACCAUUAGCAGCGAGUCCACAGAUGACCUCUCCAGCGCAAAUGAAGUGGUCCUCGCGUUCAACUCAUGUUCCCGGCAGACCAGUGACGACACCACAGAGGAUCUGGACACGUGCGUCGAAGUGUUGGGUAAGGAGGACAACAGCGAGCUCAAGGAGGAUGAGAUACCUCAGGAGAUAUGCGACGAAACAGUAUCAGUAGAUCUGGCGACAGAGGAAGACAGUGCAUUAACAGUUCCUGAACAAUGUGACACAGAGCAGAGUCAACUUCUCAGCAGCAUUGCUGGAAGUGUGAUAUCUUUACGCGCUGGAUACUCGAUGGAAUCCAGCGACGCAGAACAAACAGCUACGAGUGGGAGCGAGUGUAGCCGACGCGAUAAGACAGCGAGCACUCUGUCUUUAGGACCCAACUCCAUAGAACUUAGCGACGCCGUCACAGGUAGCAGCAGCGACUGCAGCCGUGACAUGCGAUGCGCAGACAGAACGGCACAGUGUGAUGGCAGAUCGUCCUCCGAAGAAGCUCCUCCACGAAGGGUCGCGCCGAAGGCCGAAACUCAAGAACCGCCAGAAAUACUAACGAAAACGCAGAGCUGUGCGUCAUCACUCAGUGGCUCCACCUCACAGGAAUCCCUGCCAUCUGACAACGGGGGUGGAGCCAUCACCUUUCAUCGGUACUAUCACGUGUUUCGGGAGGGAGAGCUUGACCAGCUGAUAGAGCGGUAUGUUGAGAACUUGCACAUAAUCUCGUCCUACUACGACCAUGCCAAUUGGUGCGUGGUGGCCGAGAAGGUCCACGUGUGGACCAUCUGACGUGCCACUUCUCUAAACGCAGGCAGUGAACCUAUUGUUUAACAUGGAAGUCGAAUGCCAUCUGCGUGUCAAUUUUUCGAAACGUGUGUAUUUGGGUGCUAUAACCGUAAUCUCUUUCGUUGAUUACGUGACUUCUGGGGGUCAAUUCCCCUCCACCUACAAGGUAAAAAUAAUGGUUCCUCAAGCCAUCCCAGCAAAACAAAACCAUAAACACGAGUAAGUUAUAAAACUGUAUGAAAUAUGAAUGAAAAAUUAUUAUAUUUGGGUUUGUUUCAAACAUAACGUUGGUAACCAGAAACAAAUACUCAAAUUAUAGAUUUAAUAAUGCAAAUAACGGUCCUGACGUACAUCAUGAAAUCCUGUCAAAAUUAUUUUAUGACUUGAAAAAUGUAUGACUUUCAAAGUAAAUUAGUUUUGACAUGAAAUCAUAAAUAUGACAAUAAGCCUUCUUACUUCAUAUGUUCACCAUUCCUAAGUCAUAACUAGUUUUUGUGAAAAGAUAGUUCACAACACUUAACAAACUAAAUUCAUUGGAUAACUAGUUUAUUCUACACUAAAAAAUAUAUUUUAUAACCAAUAUGCUAUUUGGACCUCUACAUCAGUCUACCUUGCAAGUAUCAGAAUGCACUUACCGAACACGGUAGUGCUACUAGCGUAAGGUCUCAAGUAUGUAUGGAAUGAUGGUCAAGAAAUUAUGAGAAAAGAAAAUUAUGUACAGGAAUUUCAGUUAUGUUUCAGAUCUUAAGUCGGUUAAUGUAGAAAGACAACAAAUUUGUGUAGCAACAGUGGCUAUGGAACCAUACAAAUUUUGAUUUCAAGGCUACUGUAAUCAGCAAACUUUUUAAUGCAUUCUCAUUACGUUUCCUAUAAUUUAAAACAUUUAUUUCAUAACAAAACUGUAAAAUGUUCUAGGAUAAUGGCACUUGAUAAAAAAAGGAAUGCCUUGUGACAACGCAUGUGAGGAGAAUUUGAAGAAAAGAGGGGGAAAUGGCUAUUGUUUAUUUGUUUGUAUAACAGAACAUGCAAUACUGCUGCACAUUCCAAAUGGAUGAACUCAACAUUUUAUAUUCACUGGACAAACCAAGCACAACCAAAAUAAACCUCAUAAAUAAAGCCUGACAAUCCAUGGUGGUCUUCUGGGUGAAAACAUAAGCACAUAUUCCUCACAAGAAUUUGCCACCCAUUUCUUGAUCUACACAGCAUCAUAACCCACAAGACUAUUAUGGCUUAGUCACUGCUCUGAGAAACUCAAAACUCUAAAGCUUGUUAUCUUCAAACCAAACUCUGGCCUCUAAACAGAAAGUAUCUGUCCAUUUCACUAUAUUAUCCUCUUAUCUACCAUUACUUCAAGUCUGGUACAUGAUUUCAUAACAUCAAGAAAAUUCGGAAUUUUUAAAUGCAUUGCCAUUAUCGACCCAAAACAGUCUUGCCAUAAGGUUUAUACUGUAUAAACAGCUUAUUAUCAAUAAUUUGAAAAAAAAACCAGUUGAUAUAAAUUUUAUAUUUACUAUUAUUAUCACAGGAGGACACUAGCAGGAUAAAAGCAAAUGUGCAGUACAGUUUCCUUUUCAUCUAAGAAGUUGCUUUCCAUUAGAAAUCAGCUUAUUUUGAUUUGACUUGUCAGAAAUAUCUGUCAGCUUCAUCUGAUCUGCUGCUUGCUUUUCCUGCUUGCAAUGUACAAAACUUCCCCAUCAUAAUCACCUAAACCUCAAUAAAACUUAAAAUGGUUCUCUCUCUUGUCCAUUCAAUGCAUUUCAUUCUGCAUUGGCAAACUAAUUUCAUCUUCUGUCACCUUCAACUGCAUUUAUCUUUAUUUUGCUGUCUACAGUUGUGAAUUGUUGUUUUACAUUCCCUUUCUGUUGAUCUCCAUCUGAUUUUGAAUAGCCUGUUUAUUAUAACCUCAUUUGUAUGGCAUACCUCCCUCCUCCCACACAAGAGACCAAAAUCAGAAGUUUGGUAAGGGGAAUUAGAUGUGGUUCUGUGACUUAUCUCCUUUUUCAUGCAAACAUCCCCACAUUAUGACCUAACUUAGUUUACAAAACACAGGAUGUUUUUUAAGUAAGACAGAUUUAUCCCCUUACAAUCAUGUGGUCUACUUUCUAUAAAAAUAACAGUUUUCACCGUUUCCGACAAAUACUUUUCACAUGCAACCAUAAUUUAACUUCACUUUAGCAUCAAUGGUUUAUAAACAGGAAUGAAGCAGUUAUGGCCUGAUGUAAGGUAUAAUCCUAGCAUUUACCUGGAGGGACUGAAUAAAAUCAUGAAAAACUUAGUCAAUGUUGUCAAUCUGUGGGCUGAGAUUUGAACUGCCAAAUAUGAAGCAUUAGUACCAACAACUCAACCAUGUUUGGUGUAGAGUGGUACAGUUCUGAUAGAAUAUAUCAUAGUAUAAUUUCAGUCUUAAGAAGUAUAUAAUGUCCUGCAAUAAUUCUUUCUAUUCAUCAUUGCAGUUUGACAACAUUUCAUCAGAAACAAUUAAGCUAAUCCCAGAAAUUCUGUAUACAGGAAAUUUCCCCCCCCCCCUCCCAACACACAAAAAUAUCUACACAACACUGCAAAAGACAAUUGCUGUAUUUAACACACCUACCUAUUCAUUCUAUUAAAUUCUAACCUUUCAAAAAGAAAGUGGUAAACUAAAUCUGUUCAAAUAAAUUCAAUUAAAUGAAAGCAGAGUCAUGAUAAAUUUCAACUUACCAGCUGCUUUUGAUUCCUCCAGUCAUUCCUAUAACCAAUAAAAUCUCCAACUGUGGUCCUAACACUGUACUGCUAUUAAAACACAUGAAUGAACACUGGAUUUUAGGAAACAAUGCAAAAACUUUGUAAUAACAUAAUAAUGCUUAGUCUAAUUUUGUAAGGUUAUGUAUAUUCUUAGGCCUCUUGAAAGAGACCAACUUGAUAUUUGGUACAAUUGGUUAAAAUUUAGGAUUUCAGUAGAAAAAAAUUGUGUGCAGAGGUGUUUAGAAAUUACAAAGUUGUAUUUAAAUGUUUUUCUAUUCAGAGUAA